GUGGUUUACCAUUGCCUUCUUCCUGUGUAGUAUGAGAUGAUGCCUUUGCCGUUGUCACAGAAGUGAGCAUCUGCCUCCAGCACCUUCCUGUAUCGCUGCUGCCCAAUAUAGAAAUGAACACAUGACUAUGGGGGACUGGAACUUGCUGGGCAGCAUCCUAGAAGAAGUGCACAUCCAUUCCACCAUAGUCGGCAAAAUCUGGCUCACCAUCCUUUUUAUAUUCCGGAUGUUGGUCCUGGGUGUAGCUGCUGAAGAUGUGUGGGAUGAUGAGCAAGCAGAGUUCGUUUGCAACACAGAGCAACCUGGCUGUAGUAAUAUCUGUUAUGACAAAGCUUUCCCCAUCUCCCUUAUCCGAUAUUGGGUACUUCAGGUCAUCUUUGUCUCAUCCCCUUCUCUUGUUUACAUGGGGCAUGCGCUUUACAGACUUAGGUCCCUUGAGAAAGAGAGGCAGCGGAAGAAAGCCCACCUCAGAGCCCAGCUAGAAGAGAUUGAGCCUAUAUUGGAAGAGCACAGGAAAGUAGAGAGGGAGCUCAGGAAGUUAGAAGAACAAAAGAAAGUCAACAAGGCACCCUUGCAAGGGGCCUUGCUGUGGACCUAUAUUCUGCAUAUCCUGACUCGAUCAGUUUUAGAAGUGGGCUUUAUGAUAGGUCAGUAUCUUUUAUAUGGCUUUCAAAUGCAUCCGCUUUAUAAAUGCACUCAACCACCUUGCCCUAACACUGUGGAUUGUUUUGUAUCCAGACCAACAGAGAAGACCAUCUUCAUGGUUUUCAUGCACAGUAUUGCAGCUGUUUCUCUGUUUCUGAACAUUCUGGAGAUUAUCCACUUGGGGAUUAAGAAAAUUAAAAAUAACCUUUGUGGGAAGCCCAAGAAGCAGCUCAUAGCUACUGAUGAAGAUGCCAAUUUCCCCAGUUCUAAGAAAAAUUCAGUGAUACAGCAGGUUUGCAUCAUGAGUAAUUCAUCUCCCCAGGGCAGUUUUAAGUUGAUGCCAGAACAGCAGGUUGGUCUGCCAGUUUACUUAACUCCCGAAGAAGGAUAUACACCUACUGAACAAACCCAGAACUCAAUGAACAUGGAACCACCAUGGUGCAGCAACCAAAGAAGCAGGCCAAAUCAACACCAGGGCCAACUCCAUCACCUCUACAGACAUCUGGAACACCCUCGGGAGCAUGAGCAACACCCCAGACAGCUCUCCCGCCACCUCCCAAACCUCACCGGUCAGCGACACGAUUAUCAACAUCAGAAUACUUCUUCCAGCAGUGAGGAGGCUCAGCAGCCCACCCAGCAGAGAACCAACAGUUAUCAAAAAAAUGAUGCCCAGGAGCAGCCCAAGACCCCUCAGCAUGCUCCUAAGGCUUCCAUUAUCUCUAGUCAUACAGACAGCCCUCAGGCCACCUGCAAUGUUCUUCGAAAGCACAGCCGAGUGGUCAGCUGCAGAGACUUAGGAGAUGAUCGCUGCGACUCUCCAGAUAGUGGACAUUAUCAGAAUAACCGCAAGUCCAGCUUUUUGUCAAGAGUAUUGUCAGAGAGCCAACUGGACACCGACUCAGAGACCUCAGACUCACGGAAUGGCUCAGGCUCAGAGGCUAAAGGCAGAGACGAUAGCAGUUCUCCUAUCGCCCCUCCACCUCCUUCCACAAUGGGACGCAGAAUGUCAAUGAACGUGCUACUAGAAUUAUCAUCUAUCAUGAAAAAAUAAUGCCAGUUUAGUAGCAACGCUAAAGCACAGUAACAAGCCCACCACCUCCACAACACAAUCGCCAUCAUAAAGCUGAAAAGCAGUUCUUUCCCUUGCCUCCUAAAGCUAAACAGUUCAAGGUAGACAGCUACGUGUCCAGAAUUUGUUCUUUCAGACUAGCACAUGUUGCAAUGCAUCCUGGCAGCUGUUGGCGAUCCAAAACGUGCUUCAAGAGUGUUUCCUUUCUUGUGUGAGUGGCAGAAGCUGGUUAGUAUGUGCCACUGCUACGAAACAGCUUUCUGUUCUGCAGAGACGACUAUGGGAGGUAUAUCUUGAUUUGUAGGACUGCCAUGCAACUUCAAGGCUAAGACACAAGACAUUUGUAAAGAUGGGUUAGUCAGAUGAGACUGCUUUCUGAAAGGUGCACUUCCCUGCCAAUCUCUGAACACCCCAGGACUCAAUGAAUAAAAGAUGAAAGCAGAUGCAGUGACUUUAUAGUUCAAUGCUACAUGAGUAACAAAGAAGUCUAAAUUCAUCUCAAGGAUAUGCAGCUGCCCCACCAAGUCUUGUCAGACUGAAUCCUGUGGUCUUUAAAGGAAUCAGCAUUACCUUGUUAUUCACUGUUUCCUGAAAUGUUAAUAAACAUGGACCAAAUGCUUUUAAAGAAAUGUGAAACAGAACUUUUUUCUUUAUUCCAGUAGCCAUGCAAAAUAUCCCCCAAGCAAUCAUUUUCAUUUUUCAGCCUCAUUUGUGUUUCAGUGAUAUUCACUGUUUUU